AUGUUCGUCUUCUACAAAGAGACCACACGAACAUUGAAGUAUUCAUCAACUAGGAGAAAAAGAAAAGCAUCGACUUUAUUGUCAAGUACUCCGUUAAUAACAACAGCAGUAGUAACAGCAGCAGCAGCCGCAGCAGCACAACAUCGUCGCUGCUAUCUUUCUUCGUCUUCUUCUACUUCUUCAACGGUACCCUCCUAUUCAGUGCUGAUUUUUUCAGCUGCCGACAUCCUUUUCCGGCUCACAGAGGCUUUUGUCGGUCAAGUCGAAGAAGUGCAAAAGAAUUGUUUCCGUAAAAUUAUGAACUCACGUCAUUCAAAUCAAGAAAACUCAUCAAUCUACGAAAUGAUCAAGAAUCAAAAGCCUGUUGUUUUUGUUGGUGUUGCUGUUGUUCCUGUUCGUGACGUGGAUCUCCUCAUCAUCACAUAUUAA